UGUCACGCGUAUUGCAGGAACCCUUGUCACUUCUCUUACACAACGCAUAACACAGGUUUCUUCUUCUUCUUCUUCUUUCAACUCCAAAUGAAUUCUCCAAAGCUCACCUCAAAGCUCUUCAUCUUCUCUCUCCUUCUCUCCUUCUUCUUCAUCAUUCUUGCAAUACACAAACAACGCCAACUCAACCAACUCAACUCAAGGCUUUCACUCUUAGAAUCCAGCGUCGAGGAGAUGGAUCAUGAACUGCGAGGUAAGGAGAUUUUGGAAAAAGAAAUUACAUCUCUAAAGGAUAAGAUUGACUCCAUUCAAGACUUUUCUGAUGCAAAACGGUCUCACAUUGAAGAACAGGAGCUGGAAUCCAUUGUGAAGAAUCAAUGCUCGAAUUUCACAUGUCAUGUUAAGCCCCUCUUUGAUUUUCUAACUGAUAUAACUAUCGGGGCCUAUAAUUUGUCCAAGAACACUUUCAUAUCGCUUCUUGUCAAAUUCCUCAGGUCAGCAAUACCAUUCUUGCAGAAAUUAUACAUGACUGGCAUGCCGUAUUUCGAUCAAAUUGCAUCAGUGACAAAGAUUUACCUUGUAAGCCUAUGGAAUCUAUUGAAGAAAAUAAGUAUGUUCUUAUUUACUAUACUUAUGGAUCGGCUGAAUGGUUUUAUCCUCUGGUGUUUGGAGUUGGAAGCAGCUGAUUAGCAUGUUUGUAUUUCAUGACACUGAAUCGUUAAAGUUGUGAUAGGAAAUCCGUUAGAAUGAUGUUGAACUGAAUUUUUGCACUCUUCCAUGCACAAAUGGAAAAACAAUGAAUUACGGUUAGAUUAAGGCCUACUUUGCUUUUU